AACGUUCACAGUUUGCAACAUCGUUCGGAGAGCGAGCGCUUACCUGUUACCAACAUGACCGGCGAUAAUUAUGCUGCAUCGUUGGAGGACAUACAGGCAGCGCAAAAACGAAUCGCGCCCUUCGCACACGUCACAUCAGUCCAAACAUGCUCUGCACUGAACGAGCUAGCCGGCGGGAGACAACUAUUCUUCAAGUGCGAGAUAUUUCAGCGGACGGGCGCGUUCAAGUUCCGAGGGGCGUGCAACAGCGUGCAGCUGCUGAGCGACGAGGAAGCCAAGAAGGGCGUUGUCACGCACAGCUCCGGCAACCACGCCGCGGCGUUGGCGCUGGCUGCCAAGCUGCGCGGCAUCCCCGCGCACAUAGUGGUGCCGCACACCACGCCGCAGUGCAAGGUGGACGCGGUGCGGGCGUACGGAGGCACGUUGUACUUCUGCGAGCCCACAGUAGACGCCCGUGAGGCCAAGUGCGCCGAGGUGGCGGCGACCACGGGGGCCACGCUGGUGCCGCCGUACAACUACGGCCCCGUCAUUGCGGGGCAGGGCACCAUCGCGCUGGAGUUCCUGGAGCAGGUCCCCGACCUGGACGCGCUGGUGGUGCCUGUGUCGGGCGGCGGCAUGAUCAGCGGCAUUGCGCUGGCAGCCAAGGCGCUCAAGCCGGGGAUAAAGAUCAUUGCCGCGGAGCCGGGCGGCACCAACGGCGGCGCUGACGUGGCGCUGUCCAAAAUGGCGGGCUGGGUGGUGCCGUGCGCCAAACCCAACACCAUCGCGGACGGGCUGCAGGGCCGGCUGGGCGACCUGACGUGGCCGGUGGUGCGUGACCUUGUGGACUGUGUGGUGGUAGUGGACGAGCAGGAGAUUGUAGGCGCCAUGCGACUCAUCAUGGAGCGGAUGAAGUUGGUGGUGGAGCCAAGCGGCGCGGUGGGGUUGGCGGCGGUGCUGUCGCCCGCCUUCGGCGCCAGCGCGCAAACGCGCGGCUGCAAGCGGGUGGGCGUGGUGCUGUGCGGCGGGAACGUGGACCUGGGCGCCAGGGGACUGUGGGACUGCUGGAUUCCCAAGAGUGCGCGGCGCGAGGACUGAGGGGCUGAGGGAGCGUGGGGCGCAGCCCCGAGUGAUUGCAACGAGAGGUUUUUGUGAGGCGGGGCUCUGCUGCGGAGAGGAGUCAAGCGUGUCGGAAGGAAGCGAAGAGUCAUGGGGUGGAGGCGGGUCGCGGGAUCGGUGGCGCCGCCGGCCUGUCCUCGCCGAGUGCGGUCAAAGGUACCACAGGCAGUCAGGAGUCACACACGGCCAUGGGAGCCGGGCUGGGGAUGAGGCUGGGGGCUGGGGAUGAGGACGCGAGAGCAGCGGCCCGCGCGCACCGUGCACGCAAGCUGGCAGUGGCACCGCACCUGUGUAAAGUCGAGGCAGC